GUGGGUUAAUUCUAUUGUAGUCCAUACCCUGUUUCAUGUGGUUUUUAACUUUAUUUGCAGUAUUGAAAUUAAAUUUUAUCAUGUCAUUUUAUCGCAACAGGUUGAGUGAGUUCCAAAAAGUUUUAGAAACUGAUCGAAUUGACUUCCAUCAUGUGAGAAGACUUUGUUUUAAUGGUAUUCCAGAUGAUAGUGGAUAUCGUCCAUUAUGUUGGAAGCUACUUCUCAAUUUCCUAACCAGUCAGGUGUCAGUGGGUAGAGUUCCUAAAAAACAAAGAGAGACUUACGAUAACUUUGUACGAGAAACUGUUGUUAACUUGGGAUUGAAUGAAAACCAUGAUUUGGAAUCGGGUGCUAUGUUGGAGGACCACCCUUUAAAUCCGAAUCCAGAGAGUAAAUGGGUAACAUUCUUCAAAGAUAAUGAGGUCUUGCUUCAGAUUGAUAAAGAUGUCAGGCGAUUGUGCCCAGACAUAUCUUUCUUUCAGCAGGCAACUGAAUUUCCGUGUAAACUAGUCGUGGAGAAUCCUCACGUGGAGACGCUACGAAAACGAGUGGAGCAAACAGUCCUAAAUUCUGCUAAUGUAACUCGAAAUAGAUUAGGAAUAACAAAUAUUACGUUAUCAAGGAAACGGGCAAUCGAAGAAUACCAACCAUUACCCCCUGGAGAAGAAGCUCACUGGGAGGUUGUAGAAAGGAUCCUUUUCAUAUAUGCAAAGCUAAACCCAGGCCAGAGUUAUGUACAGGGAAUGAAUGAAAUCAUAGGACCAAUAUAUUACAGUUUUGCGUGUGAUCCAAAUGUAGAAUGGAGACGUAAGUUUUUAUCUCAUCAAAUUGUUUUUAACAAUAUUAACAAGAUAAACUUUACAAACAGACCAAAACUAAUGGUUAGGGGAUCAGCCAUUCUACUAAGCCUAAUUUUUUUACUUUCAGAUGUGAUACGAAUAUGGGAUUCCCUUUUGGCUGACUCUUCACGUUUUUCUUUCCUAAUACAUGUUUGUUGUGCCAUGAUGAUCCUUUUGAGAGAUCUUCUGUUAGCUGGGGACUUCCCUACAAACUUGAAACUUCUUCAGAACUUUCCAGAAAUGGAUAUCCACAAGGUUCUUCAAAAAGCUGUAGAGCUUCAGCGAUGAUUCUGACCGGAAAAAGCCAAAAGAUAAAUGAACUGCCCUUAACUAUGGAUAGGCAUUCCAUACGUUUGUAAACAGUCCUGUGUUUUAUUGACACAGGUUAACUGUGAGAGCCCAAAAAUUCUGGGUUCAGCUAGUUUGUUCUGUAGCUAUUAAGAGUAACGUUUGAAGAAGUAUUAUGUUAAGGUUUUUGCCCAGAUUGUUUUUGCUCACAACCACCAAAAAAAACAAAAAAA